AUGCUCGUGGGCCCUCUCUGGAUACUGGCGUAUAUCGAUGGGAUGCGUUCUAGACUCAGCAUUAUCACGGUCGUCAUCGCGAUUUUCCAGGCCCUAGUUGCCAUUGGCACAAGGGCAAGCCCCGCCGAAGCGCUGGCGGCGACGGCUGCCUAUUCUGCCGUGCUCAUGGUCUUUCUACAGACCAGCAACUAG